CCCGGACCACAGAGCACUGAGAGCAGCUACGAUCCGCCAAGCCACGAUCCACAGAUCCACAGAUCCAGCGAUUUAGCGAUCCACUUGUAGCCACCAUCGCACAUAUAUUUUUUUUGGGCUGUUUUUUUACAACAAAAAAAGGCAACCGCCUCAGUUAAGAAACGCCGCACACACACAAACACACACAGACAGAGACAGCAUGAGGCAGCCCAGCAGACAGCAACUCCUUGCACUCGCUCUCUGCAGCGCCGUCUGCCUGAUCAGCGCCGUGCCGCUGCCUCAACCAGCCGGCAACCAGGAGCUGGAUGUCCUGCAGAUACCACUGGCCAAUGGCAAGGAAAUCGAUGUCCUGACGUUGGGCGCCAAGGAUCAGGAGCAAUUGAUAGCCGAUCGCAACAAGCGAACAAUUGGACUGCUGCGCGAACUGUUUCCCGACAUCACCAAGGAAAUCGACUCGAUAGUCAAUCGCAUUAUAGCCCAGGUGAUCCGUGUGGCCGGUCCGGGUGUGCUGAAUAGUAUUUUGGCGGGGAAUCGCGGUGGUGCGGCGGGUGCAGGUGGUCGCAGCACCACACCGGCCUCCGACUUUGAUGCCGACUUCGAUGCGGACUUUGAUGAGGAGGAUGAUGUGCCGGCUUCCUCAUCCAGCAGUCCGCCGGCAACCGGAGUCGUUCGCAGUCCAGCCAGCGAGGCCAGCAACGAGGUGGAAGGAAGUUCGCGUGUGAAGAUCGAUCUGCCCACAUUUGCGCCGGAAUCAGCAGCAGCAGCAGCAGCAGCAGCGAAAGGUGAUGAAAGCCCACUGAUAACUACCACCACCUCCACCACUCAGUCAGCAAUCCAAUCAUCAAUCCCAACAAGUACCAGUCCCAGUCCCAGUAAUCCAACGACAUCCAUUGGUGAUCUAACGGAUCUAGUGGAUCCGCUGGUGCAGUUGUUGCCACGCUCUCUGGAGCCAGAAUCUAGUACUACAACUACAACUACGACAACUAGUACAACAACAACGCCUGCAACAAGCACUACUACAUCUACUAGCACCACUACCACCACCGAACCACCCCCAACAGAACCACCCACCACUACAACCACAACCACCUCGACUACCAUCCAGUUUCCCACCAACAACAGCAUCGAAGAACCACAAUUGCUAACCAUCAUAGCUGAUAUAAAUCGUUUAUUAAAUUCUACCAAUUAUUUUAUUACAACCAGAGACAAUAUAACAACAACAACAACAACAGUGGCCACUACAAUUGACAACAACAACAUUACGAAAUUAUUGCCCGUCUUUGAUUGAGAAACAGAAAAGAAAUACAAGCAACAAAAUACACUUACAAAUAAAAAAAAAAACAGAGAAAAGGCUCAAGGAUUUGAAAGCAACAUCACAACAACAACAACCAGAACAACAAUAACAAGAAUAACCACACAAGGAUCAAGCUGAAGAAGAAGAUGAUAGCCUCCAUCAGCAUCAAUUCACAUUUAGAACAAGAAAAAAGCAUUUUCUAUUAGUUAAGAGUUAUAUUCGCUCAACAUUUAACUCACCAACAACAAGUGGUUCAAAAAUGGUUUAAGGAAACUCCCAUUUUUACAGAAAACUUACUCAACUCGAAUUGUUUCCGAAAUGUAUAGAAAGGCAUACAUUAUAUGGUUUAAACAUUGAUAUUUAGUUUUUUAAACGAAAAAACCUACUAAAGCAUCGUUGUUGAACCAUUGUUGAACCGCUCCUCCGCACAUGUAUAAAUAUCAUCACUGAACAUCAUCCUCAAAUACGCCCCCGUAAGGCCCGACCCCAUAGUUCCUUCCCCGACUAGAGUUCUCUCCCCUACCCUCGACCCCAUCGUACUUGUAUGUAACCGAACCGAAACACUCUGAUGCUAACUAAUCUCCCUCCUCAUCCCAAAAAUCGCACGCACCAAACACCCGCCGGGUCCCGAAAAUGUAUCAAAAUUCGAACCUCGAUUCGUGGUUGUUGUAGCAAAUCGAUGAGCAGGCAAAUCGCAUCAUCUCAAAGCUGCUGAGGACCCUGGGACCCACUGUACUGCGUACCGCCAUUCAGGGCAACAGUGCGAAUGCGGCCAGG